CCUCGCCUCUCACCAUGAAGCUCGACAUCCAGUGUGAGCAGCUGAGUGACGCCCGGUGGACAGAGCUCCUGCCUCUGAUCCAGCAGUACGAGGUGGUCAGGCUGGAUGACUGUGGCCUCACGGAGGUGCGGUGCAAGGACAUCGGUUCUGCGCUCCGGGCCAACCCCUCCCUGACGGAGCUCAGCCUCCGCACCAAUGAGCUGGGCGACAGCGGCGUGCACCUGGUGCUCCAGGGCCUGCAGAGCCCCACCUGCAAGAUACAGAAGCUCAGCCUCCAGAACUGCUGCCUGACGGAGGCCGGCUGCGGGGUCCUGCCCGGUGUGCUGCGCUCUCUGCCCACCCUGCAGGAGCUGCACCUCAGCGACAACCCGCUGGGCGACGCUGGCCUGCAGCUGCUCUGCGAGGGGCUCCUGGACCCGCAGUGCCACCUGGAGAAGCUGCAGCUGGAGUACUGCAACCUGACGGCUGCAGCCUGUGAGCCCCUGGCCGCGGUGCUCAGGGCCACACGGGACCUGAAGGAGCUCGUGGUGAGCAAUAACGACAUGGGCGAGGCUGGCAUCCGGGAGCUGUGCCUGGGCCUGGCGGACUCCGCCUGCCAGUUGGAGACACUCAAGCUGGAGAACUGCGGCCUCACGCCAGCCAACUGUAAGGACCUUUGUGGGAUCGUGGCCUCCCAGGCCUCACUGAACGAGCUGGACCUGGGCAGCAACCCGCUGGGCGACGCAGGCAUCGCGGAGCUGUGCCCUGGGCUGCUGAGCCCCGGCUCCCAGCUCAAGACCCUCUGGCUCUGGGAGUGUGACAUCACUGCCAGUGGCUGCAGAGACCUCUGCCGCAUUCUCCAGGCCAAGGAGACCCUGAAGGAGCUGAGUCUGGCGGGCAACAGUCUGGGUGACGAGAGCGCCCGGCUGCUGUGCGAGAGCCUGCUGCAGCCGGGCUGCCAGCUGGAGUCCCUGUGGGUGAAGUCCUGCAGCCUCACGGCCGCCUGCUGCCACCACUUCGGCUCGAUGCUGACCCAGAACAAGCGUCUCCUGGAGCUGCAGCUGAGCAGCAACCAGCUGGGUGACUCGGGCGUCCAGGCACUGUGCCAGGCCCUGGGCCAGCCCGGCACCACGCUGAGGGUGCUCUGGCUGGGGGACUGUGACGUGACAGACGGCGCCUGUGGAGGCCUGGCCUCGCUCCUGCUGACCAAUCGCAGCCUGCGCGAGCUGGACCUGAGCAACAACGGCCUGGGUGACCCCGGUGUCCUGCAGCUGCUGGGCAGCCUGGAGCAGCCCGGCUGCGCCCUGGAGCAGCUGGUCCUGUACGACAUCUACUGGACGGAGGUGGUGGAGGAGCGCCUGCGGGCCCUGGAGGGGAGCAAGCCCGGCCUGCGGAUCAUCUCCUGACGCCCCUCCCCGGACGGCCCUCCUCCCCCGAGGAGUCCUGGCUUUAACCGAGAGAAGAGCUUAAAUCAGCUCAUUUUUGGGAGAGCAUUUUAGGCACUUUAUUAAAACGCUUUUCUGGCA